UCCAUUCGUCAAAAGACUCAAAAGUGUUAACAAUCUUUAUCAAAAUUACGAAAAAAAGAUACAAAGUAAUAAUAAAAUGUUUCGAAUAUUAAAGAAUUGUUAUCCAAUACUUUCCAAAUCUUUGCUGCAAAAAUCUACACCACAGGAAAACUGUAUUCUCUUCUUGAUUCACGGUCAAAAGUUUUUGUCGCAUUCCGUUGAUGAAAAAUUUGCGCUCAAACAUGAGGAAGUCGGUCGGCCGUUGUAUUUUGAUGCUCAAGCAACAACCCCCACUGAUCCUAGAGUACUGGAUGCUAUGUUACCCUAUUUGGUCAGUUACCAUGGUAACCCUCAUUCACGCACACAUGCAUAUGGAUGGGAGAGUGAAGCCGGAGUGGAAAAAGCAAGAGAACAAGUUGCCAACCUAAUUGGAGCAGACCCUAAAGAAAUUGUCUUUACAUCUGGAGCAACAGAAUCAAAUAACAUAGCUAUAAAAGGAGUGGCACAUUUCUAUUCAGCUAAGAAGAAGCAUGUUAUAACCACACAGAUUGAACAUAAAUGUGUGCUGGAUUCAUGCCGUGUUUUGGAAGGAGAGGGUUUCAAAGUUACUUACUUACCUGUUGGACCAAAUGGUAUUAUACAUCUACAAGACCUAGAAGCUGCUAUCACACCAGAAACUAGUUUGGUAUCUAUUAUGACAGUUAAUAAUGAAAUAGGUGUAAAACAGCCCAUUGCAGAAAUUGGGGCUAUAUGUAAGAAGAACAGAGUAUUCUUUCACACUGAUGCUGCUCAGGCAGUUGGUAAAAUGCCUAUAGACGUCAAUAGCAUGAACAUUGACUUAAUGUCUAUAUCAGGCCACAAACUGUAUGGACCAAAAGGUGUUGGAGCAUUAUACAUUAGACGUAGACCCAGAGUAAGGGUGGAGCCAAUACAAAGUGGUGGAGGACAGGAAAGAGGGAUGAGAAGUGGUACAGUACCAACACCGCUAGCAGUUGGUUUAGGUGCUGCUUGUGAAAUUGCGCAACGUGAGAUGGCCUAUGAUCAUGAAUGGAUGGAAAAGUUGUCUAAGAGAUUUUUGGAGAAAAUUAAUUCAAAGUUAACACACGUUAUACGAAAUGGCGAUCCUGAACAAUCAUAUCAUGGUUGCAUCAAUCUAUCCUUCGCUUAUGUUGAAGGCGAAUCUUUAUUAAUGGCGCUAAAGGAUAUUGCUCUAUCAAGUGGAUCGGCCUGUACGUCGGCUUCUCUCGAACCCUCAUAUGUAUUGAGAGCAAUAGGGGCAGAAGAGGAUCUUGCACAUAGUUCUAUAAGAUUUGGCCUAGGAAGAUUCACUACAGUAGAAGAAGUGGACUAUACAGCAGAAAAAACUAUCAAACAUGUUGAACGUCUCAGAGAAAUGAGCCCCCUUUGGGAGAUGGUACAGGAGGGUAUUGACCUUAAAAACAUCCAAUGGUCUCAGCACUAAAUAUGAAGUAUUUUCAGAAUUCCACUAAAUUGUAAAUAGAAAAAGAUCUGGCAUGAAAUGCAAUAUCUAUUAUUUCAUAGAAUUCAUGUUAAAAUGUAUCCUCAUGUUUUAUUCAUUAUUAUUAGAUAAGUAUUAAAUUCUCAUAGUGCUUUAUAAACCUAAAUCGAACCAGAAAAAAAAAGUAUUAUUUUUGUUUUUUAUACAAAAUACAGAUAAAACUUAUGUAGGUAUUCAGUAAAGUAGUUUCCAUGUUUAAAGUUUUAAAUUAUAACAAGGCACAAUAAAGAUGUAAAAAUUAUUGCUAUUAUUAAUACUACUUGUAUAGUGUCAGUAAAUAAAUGAUUUUAUCGCA